CCAGAGGACAAGGGCUGCCCGCUGCUCCUCAGGGUCCUCCCUGGACGGAGAGCAGAGCGCAGGGGCUGUGCGUGCCGAGGCCCAGGGUGGCCAGUUUCACCCAGCCCUCACCAGGGCCCGGCGGGAGUCUGAGGGCGGGAGGGCGCCGCGCGAGCCCCUGCGCGCCCCACUUGCCCGGGGUGACUUCCCGGAGAAAAGCUGGCUGCUGGGAGCGCGGCCGGCCGGCGGGCUCAGCCUCCCGUCCAGCCUGACCCCGGGCCACCCCCAGGCCUGGCUCCCUACCGUGCCCCCGCGCCCUGGAGGCCUGCACACUCACCCCGCUUUCUUCCUCUUCCUCCUCCAGCCCACUUUCUCUCUCUGUGUCGUCAGAGGCCAGGGAGGGACCUGCGGAGAGGAGAAGCCGGAAACAGCGGGCCGGGCGGCCAAGCCUCUGCGAAGAGGAAGGGCGGGAGAGGCUGUGUGGUGUACGGCUUUCUCUCCUGGUGCUGUAGGAAGUGGGGUGCUAGCAGGGCUACCCAGAAGUCGUGGACAGAAGUACAGACCCAUGGGGGCUGGCAGUGACCGCUGAGAGAGGGAGAAGACAGCAGAGGGGUUGCCAAGGCGCCCUGCAAACCCCAGAUCAUGUCUCUGUGGGGUCUGGUUUCCAAGCUGCCUCCAGAAAAGCUGCAGCGGCUGUACGUGGACUUCCCUCAGCACCUGCGGCACCUCCUGGGCGACUGGCUGGAAAACCAGCCCUGGGAGUUCCUGGUCUGCUCAGAUGCCUUCUGCUGCGACAUGGCCAGUGCCCUGCUCUCCGCCACUGUCCAGCGCCUCCAGGCCUUGACCGGAGAGCAGGGGGAAGGAAGUGCCAUCUUGCAACACAUCAGCACCCUGGAGAGCAUAUAUCAGAGGGACCCCCUGAAACUGGUGACCACGUUCAGACAGAUACUCCAAGGGGAGAAAAAGGCCGUCAUGGAACAGUUCCGCCACCUGCCGAUGCCCUUCCACUGGAAGCAGGAAGAACUCAAGUUCAGCACAGCCCUGCAGAAGCUGCAGCACCGGGUGCGGGAAGCCCGGCUGCUCCGAGAGGCCCUGCAGCGGGGGGCUGAGGCUGGCCAAGUGUCUCUGCACAACUUGAUGGAAACUCCGGCCAGCAGGACUGGGCCAAGUGAGAACCUGACCACGUUGCUGCAGGAGACUGUUGGGGAACUGGAGGCCGCCCAGGCCUUGGUGCUAAAGAGGAUCCAGAUUUGGAAGAGGCAGCAGCAGCUGGCAGGGAAUGGCGCGCCCUUUGAGGAGAGCCUGGCCCCGCUUCAGGAGAGGUGUGAGAGCCUGGUGGACAUUUAUUCCCAGCUGCAGCAGGAGGUAGGGGCGACUGGCGGGGAGCUUGAGCCCAAGAUCCGGGCGUCGCUGGUCAGCCGGCUGGAUGAAGUCCUGCAGGGCCUCGUCACCAGCUCUUUCCUGGUAGAGAAGCAGCCCCCCCAGGUUCUGAAAACUCAGACCAAGUUCCAGGCCGGGGUUCGAUUUCUGCUGGGGCUGCGCUUCCUGGGGACCUCAGCCAAGCCACCGCUGGUCAGGGCCGACAUGGUGACCGAGAAGCAGGCGCGGGAGCUGAGUGUGCCACAGGGGCCGGGGCCUGGAGCGGAAAGCACUGGGGAGAUCGUCAACAACUCGGUGCCUCUGGAGAACAGCAUCCCCGGGAACUGCUGCUCCGCCCUGUUCAAGAACCUGCUUCUGAAGAAGAUCAAGCGGUGUGAGCGGAAGGGCACUGAGUCCGUUACGGAGGAGAAGUGCGCCGUGCUCUUCUCCACCAGCUUCACGCUUGGCCCCAGCAAGCUCCCCAUCCAGCUCCAGGCCCUGUCACUGCCCCUGGUGGUCAUCGUCCAUGGCAACCAAGACAACAACGCCAAAGCCACCAUCCUGUGGGACAACGCCUUCUCUGAGAUGGACCGGGUGCCCUUUGUGGUGGCCGAGCGGGUGCCCUGGGAGAAGAUGUGCGAGACUCUGAACCUCAAGUUCAUGGCCGAGGUGGGGACCAACCGGGGGCUGCUCCCGGAGCACUUCCUGUUCCUGGCCCAGAAGAUCUUCAACGACAGCAGCCUCAGCACCGAGGCCUUCCAGCACCGCUCUGUGUCCUGGUCACAGUUCAACAAGGAGAUCCUGCUGGGCCGCGGCUUCACCUUUUGGCAAUGGUUUGAUGGUGUCCUGGACCUCACCAAACGCUGUCUCAGGAGCUACUGGUCAGAUCGGCUGAUCAUCGGCUUCAUCAGCAAACAGUAUGUCACUAACCUUCUUCUCAAUGAACCCGAUGGAACCUUCCUCCUUCGCUUCAGCGACUCAGAGAUUGGCGGCAUCACCAUUGCCCAUGUCAUCCGGGGCCAGGAUGGCACCCCACAGAUAGAGAACAUCCAGCCUUUUUCCGCCAAAGACUUGUCCAUUCGCUCACUGGGGGACCGAAUCCGGGACCUUGCUCAGCUCAAAAACCUCUACCCCAAGAAGCCCAAGGACGAAGCUUUCCGGACCCACUACAAGCCUGAACAGAUGGGUAAGGACGGCAGGGGUUACGUCCCAGCCACCAUCAAGAUGACUGUGGAAAGGGACCAACCACUUCCUACCCCAGAGCCCCCGGUGCCUACCAUGGUGUCCACUUACGAUCUUGGAAUGGCCCCCGAUUCCUUGACCAUGCAGCUCAGCCCCGAGAUGACGCCCCAGGUGUACCCAGCACACUCUCACUCCAUGCCCUCGUAUCCAGCCCUCCCCCGACCUCACCCGUCGCUGGCCCCAGGCAUUAACCACAUAAGCCUGCCCUUUGACCAGUCUCACGCGCCGGGUCUGCUGUGCCAGCCUCAGGAACAUGCCAUGCCCAGCCCCGAACCCCUGCUCUGCCCGGACGUGACCAUGGCAGAAGAUAGCUGCCUGAGCCAGCCGGUGGGCGCCUUCCCUUCCUCCUGCAGGGUCGGUGAAGACAUGUUUCCGCCCUUGCUCCCUCCCACUGAGCAAGACCUCACCAAGCUUCUCCUGGAGGGGCAGGGGGAGCCAGGGGGCGGGGCCUUGGGCGCCCAGCCGCUCCUGCCGCCCUCGCCCUAUGGGCAGUCUGGGAUCUCGAUGUCCUGGACCUAGGGCCAGCCCCAGAGGGUGACUGGGCUUGGCGAAGCAGCCCAGAGACAGCUCUGCCAGCCCCUGGACCUGCUCUGGACUCCCGCCAUGCUCCUGCCAAGCAGCACUCGGAGAGGGGAGGGCGCCCCCAUCCCCAUCCCCUCCCUGGUCAGGAGAGACUUCGCUGGGAGUGUGCAGAAGGUGCAGCCUGCCCUCCCUUCCCCCUCCUGCACACCCCUGCCCUUCCCCUUCCGGUAUUGGAAGGGAAAUUCAGGCUCCCCAGUGAGACACACCCCAACACACCUGCGCACAAGAAGCGCCCCUGAAGAUGGGCCGCCCGGGAAUGGGCGAGGCGAGCGCGGGCUGGGCCUGGAGGGUAUCCUGCCCACCGCAGCCGCCCCCACGCGCUGUGUGGCGGGGAGUGUGGCCGAGAGUGGCCCUGGAGAGCCCUGGUGCGUGUGGCGGGCCUCCACCUUUGGCUACUGGAGUGGCUCCGUCCCUACCAUAAUACGAGUCCCAAACAGCCCACGUCCCUGGCAGACAGGUGCUGGGUCGCGACCACGCAGACGGCAGCGUUGAGGUCUUUAUACCCACUGUGCCACGCGGUUGGUCCCGGCCCGGCCCUGCUGGGACAAGCUUCCGGGCUGAGCUCAGGCGGGGACAGGCCCACGCCGGCGCCCGGGGCGCUGCCCACCCUGCGGGCGGCUUUGAGUAGAGCUGCCCGGCUGGGCCCGGGGGUGCCCCGAGCGCAUGUGGCUGCAGCUUCGGUGGUGCCACACACCAGCUUGCCCUGGGGCAGGGGCGAGGCUGGGGCACAGGCCAGGGUGUGGCCCCUCGGGGUGCCAGGUGCCCUGCCACUGACCCUUUCCCGUCCACUGCCAGCUUCCCUCCACGCCCCACCGCCACCGCACUCCCUCCUUGGGGGAGGGGGGUCAUAGAUCCUAAGCCAUAAAAUAAACUUUAUUCCAAAAUAACAAAAUAAAUAAUCUACUGUACACGAUCUGAAAAGAAAGACGCUCUAACUGCCCAGACAGGUGCUGCUGUCCAGCCCCGGCUGAGGGAGACCCUGAGUCCAACCCAGGCCUCCUGAGGGGGCCGGUGAGAGAGACCCCACGCCCAGCCCCUCCCCAGAGAGGGCAGGAGGGAAAGAACUGCUGAGGACUUGGGGGAGAGACGGACGGGGUGGGCAGACUGCAGCACUUGUUAAAUUAAAGAACAAACUAGAAGCACAAAAAUGGGGGGGCAGAGGGGAGGAGGACAGGUCCAGUGUCCUCAGGCCCGCGCUUCGCGGGGGAGCGUUUCCACUUCCAGCUGCUGGACCUUCUCAAGGAAGUCCCCUUUCCCCCAUGUCCAAACUGGCCCCACCGUCCACACCACGGGUUCAAACUGGAGGCGAGAGGAGUGUCCCGAGGGGAGGCAGAGCCCCGACGCAAGGGGCAAAA